AACAACCGAGGAAGUUGCGACUGUUACCAAACCUAGUGGUAGUAAUUAAGUGCAUCUAAGCCGCUAACACUUUGUCGAACGAAGACGGCUUGUUUAUUUCUUCUCUGAAACGGAGGCAAGACAUAUUAACGCCGUUAUGAAUCCCGAUAUUCAGAGAGAACGUGAAAAUGCGACGUUCAACCCAGAACUUCUCACGUACAUUUUGGAUGGUGGUCAAGAGAAGACCAGGCGAAGGAGAGAAAUAGAAGCACUGGUUAUCAGUGAUCCAGAUUUCCAGCAGGAAGACCCCAACUUUCUGUCAAGGAGUGAGCGGUAUGAAGCAGCGGUGAGGAAGAGCGCCCAGAUGAUCCUGAAACUCCGAGAGUAUGGCAUCUCCGACCCUGAAGAAAUUUAUAAUUACAAGAGCUGUGUGCACCGUGGGGGGCCUGGACCCCUGGACCUGCACCUGGGGAUGUUUCUGCCCACGCUGUUCAACCAGGCCACGCCUGAGCAGCAGGAGGCCUUCUUCAUGCCCGCCUGGAACCUGGAGAUCAUUGGCACCUAUGCCCAGACCGAGAUGGGCCACGGAACCUUCAUCCGAGGUUUGGAGACCACCGCGACCUACGACCCCUCCACACAAGAAUUUGUCAUGAACAGCCCAACCAUCAGCUCUAUCAAAUGGUGGCCUGGAGGAUUGGGUAAGACGUCCAACCAUGCCAUAGUCCUGGCUCAGCUGUACACCCAAGGGACCUGCCACGGCCUCCAUGCUUUCAUCGUCCCCAUCCGUUCUAUGAGCACACACAAGCCACUUCCAGGCAUUACUGUGGGAGAUAUUGGGCCCAAGUUUGGUUUCGAUGAGGUCGACAACGGUUACCUGAAGAUGGAUAACGUGCGCAUUCCUCGUGAUAACAUGCUCAUGAAGUAUGCCAAGGUUGAGCCGGAUGGGACGUACCACAAGCCCCCGAGCUCCAAGCUGACAUACGGCACCAUGGUGUUCAUCCGCUCCAUGAUAGUGAGCGAGUCGUCCCGCGCGCUGGCCAAAGCCUCCACCAUCGCCAUCCGCUACAGCGCCGUCCGGCACCAGUCCGAGAUACGGCCCGGCGAGCCGGAGCCUCAGAUCCUGGACUACCAGACGCAGCAGUACAAGCUCUUUCCCCUGCUGGCCACGGCCUACGCCUUCUACUUUGUGGGCCAGUACAUGACGGAGACCUACCACCGCAUCACCGGCGACAUCCACCAGGGAGACUUCAGCGAGCUCCCCGAGCUGCAUGCCCUCUCUGCGGGCCUGAAGGCCUUCACCACCUGGGUGGCGAACGCGGGCAUCGAGGUGUGCCGCAUGGCGUGUGGCGGCCACGGCUACUCGCAGUGCAGCAGUCUGCCGGACAUCUACGUCACCUUCACGCCCACCUGCACGUACGAGGGCGAGAACACGGUCAUGAUGCUGCAGACCGCCAGGUACCUGGUGAAGAGCUACAGGCAGGCGAGUAAAGGCGAGCAGCUGACCGGCAUCGUGUCCUACCUGAACGAUGCCCAGCAGCGCCUGCAGGCCCAGCCCGUGUCCUCCCGCCCCACCGUGGUCAACAUCAGCGACCUGGCCAGCCUGGUGGAGGCCUACAAGCUACGUGCCGCCAAGCUGGUGGAAGUUGCAGCCAAGAGCCUGCAGGGGGAGCUGCAGAAGAGCAAAAGCCCCGAGGACGCCUGGAACAACUCCUCCAUCGACCUCGUCCGAGCCUCUGACGCCCAUUGCCACUAUGUGGUGGUGAAGCUGUUCGCGGCCAAGCUGGGGGAGGUGGGGGACACAGGCGUCCACUCUGCCCUCAGCACGCUGGCCCUGCUCUACGCCCUGCACGGGGUCACCCAGAACUCCGGAGACUUCCUGCAGGCAGGUCUGCUGACUGUCCCUCAGCUCUCCAGCGUCUCCCAGCGCCUGAAGGACCUUCUGGGCCAGGUGCGCACCAACGCCGUGGCCCUCGUGGACGCCUUCGACUACUGCGACGAGAUGCUCAACUCCGUGCUGGGUCGCUACGACGGCAACGUCUACGAGCACAUGUUUGAUUGGGCCCGCAAGUCUCCACUGAACCGCACUGAGGUGCACCAGUCCUACCACAAGUAUCUGAAGCCUCUGCAGUCCAAACUGUGAGCUGUGUGUGCGUGUGCGGAGGACCUCAACGAGCCACUCAACUCACUCAGCCCCACCAACCCCAAGAUGGAGGUGAAACAUUUCUCCCCUGAGAAAGGGGAGUCUGCACUUAGCAAUCAAACAGGCAUGGGGCCUUAGUCAUACAGUAUAAUUUCAAAUAUAGUCUGAUAAUGCAGGGCCAACGGGGUUUGGACCCAUAGCUAACAAUGCUGAUAGGGAUAGCACGUAAGUGCUCACAAGCUAAAUACACUAACUUCAAUCAUCAUUGGUACUUAUAACAGUUUUCCAACUUUUUUAGAAAAAAUAAUUGAAGUCAACACGCUUACAACAUACAAAUAAGACCUUUAGAUCGUUAAUAUGGUGUAAAGCAUGAUGAAUUAUUCCCUGAGGGCCGGAGAAUAUCGCAAAUUGGCUUGGCAGGGUGAACUAUUUUGUCAAAAGUAUAUAAGCAUAAAGCAGUUUGCCAAGAUGAUUGUAAGUCCUGAAAGAUAGAUUUCAUGAGGUAAUUUAGGUAAGUUACAUACAUGGUCAAUAAAGUUGUAGGGAACAUUUUGUAUAAAGAAGAGAGUUGGAGGUGUUAGGCAUGAUGGAGAAUGUGAACCAAUGCUUUCUCCGUAUUAUUUUCACUAAACUCCGCAUGUUUCAAGGCUAUGAACUGUAAACAAUGGUCAGUUGAUUAUUAAAUCAGGUUAGGUAUAUUGUCUGAUUUACAUAGUUCUGUAAAAUACAAAACAACGUUAAUUAAAGAAUAUAAUGUGUGAAAUGGAACCAAGGCAAUGAAAACAUGCUCUCAAAGGAAUACAAUCAUAAUGGUUUUCCUAAAGGUUUUGCAGUGUCGAGUCGGGUAAUUUAGUGCUGCUCCUUGAUUUGGCCUUUCAUCAAGGUAAAGAAAUGACUGAAGACCACCGGUAAAGUACAGAAAUUAAUGUGAAUCUUACUCUCACUUUCUUUCUUUCUUU